CUUUAAUUCUCAUUGAAUUGCUGUGAGUGCCUCAGCAUGGCAGGGAUUGCUCACACACAGACAGACAUACGGAUACAUAGACGGACAAAUGGAAACAGGGACGCCGACAGAUCUCUCCAGGCCAAUGCACAGCUGCUCUGCCCUGAGCUGCAUCCGAUUGGUUUCAUGGACACGCAGGAAGCCUGGGGCUUUGUGCCCAGGUCCUGGAUCCGUGUGAGUGCAUUUCUUUCCAGGGCCCUGAAGGACAAUUCGGGAGUCCCCACAGGACAGCAAAGGGAGGAUGUGAGGGAACUGACGAUGGGAGCGAAGGAAAGGCAGGGACUGUCGAUGCUGAGCUGCACGAUGCCAGCCCGAUGCCCUGGGCCCCAGCCCGGCGCCGCCGCUUGCGACGUGCAGAGAGCCGAGCGCCGCCCCGCAGCCCCCGCGCUCGCCUCCGCUCCGUUCCCUGGCGGGACUGGGCGAGAGCCCGAGCGGCAGCGGCGCAGGGCUGAGCCCCGGGGCGGAGCUGGCGGCGGCCCAGAGGAGGCGGCACGGCCGCAGCAGAGCCGGGGCUCAGGGGCACAGCGAGGCUCGGCCGGCGGAGCGGCGCCAUGCGGCGGGCUCGGGCCGCGGGGCUGCCGGCGCUGGCCGCGCUGCUGCUCGUGGCUGCGGCCAGAGCUCAAGUGCAGCAGCAGCCGUUCCUGGAGACCACCGAGGGCACCAGCAUCAGCAUCAAGUGCUCACACGCCAAUAUCCGGAUGGGCGAUUUCAUCUACUUCUACCGUCAGCUGCCGGGCCAAAGCCCCGAACUCGUGGCGUUCACUGUUAAAGCGGCCAAGAAGGUGCGAGCCCCUGAAGGGCGUCUGACGGUGUAGGCAGAUCGGCGCUCCAGCGCGCUGUGGCUGGCUGCGCCCCGGCGCGGGGACGCGGCCGUGUAUUACUGCGCGCUGGGGGCCACGGGCAGAGGAGCCGGGGCUGCGGCCGGGCACGAACCGCCGCGGGCGGGGCCGGGCGGGGCCAGCAGGGGCCGCUGCCGCUCCGCCCGCCGGGCUCCCGGGGCGCGGCUCCGCAGCUCCUUCCUCUGCCCCGAGCCCGCCCGCACCGACCCCGCACGGCCCCGCACGGCCCCGGCGCGCCGCACAACCCGCCUGCGACCCGCGCUCGCACGCUCGCCACGCACCGCCCGGCCUCCCCUCUCUCCCGAGCCCGCCGCUGCCUCACGCCAAACUGCUGCGGGCUGCGCCUCUGCCGCCGCCUCUCGCCCUCCGGACACGGCUGCUGCUGCUCUCGGCCUGCUUUGCAAAGCCACGAGCUGCUCCUUGACAGCACCUGGGCUGGGAGCUGGCAAAGCAGCUGCGCUGACGGGCACACGGGGGCUAAAUAAUGCAGUGCUGUGGCGUCAAGGGGUCAUGGAUUGAGAGAGGUUUUCAGUGAGGCUUUCUGAGGUGACCGAGGAAUGUCCACCUCUGUCUCUGCAGAAAUGUCUCUGUUCCAUACUGCAAGGGG